CUCCAUACUCACUCACUUCUAUACCCUAGUCGACGAUGGAGAGGCCCAAUGAGAGUCUACCGGCGGAGAAGUCCGAGGGGACAACAACUGCGGUUGUUGCUGCUGCACCACCCAGGCCAAUUGACGAUGAAGCCCGCCCGGAUGUUUUUUCUUCGACGGUGCAGGAGAUCCUCUUCGUCGCGGUGGCGACCAUGGCGAUUGCCAUGUCCUCCCUCGUCAGCGGUGCCGUCACUGUGAUUACCGCGGAAGUUCAGAACGAUCUGGGGAUGACCACGGCGCAAUUGACCUGGUUGAGUGGUUCAUCCUCAUUGGCGGCGGGAUCCUUUCUCCUGUUCUUCGGUCGCGUGGCCGAUCUAUUCGGUCGCAAGGCCCUGUUUCUCGGCAGCAUGGUGCUCUUUGCCGUCUUCUCCCUGGCGGCCGGAUUCAGCCAGACGCCGCUGCAACUGGACAUCCUCAACGGGGUGAUGGGGUUGAUGUCGGCGGCGUCUGUGCCCCCGGGCCAAGGGAUGCUGGCCAACAUCUACCAGCGACCCUCCAAGCGCAAGAACCGGGUGUUUGCCUGCUUCAGCGCCGGGAACCCCAUGGGCUUUGUGUUUGGCAGUGUGUUCUCGGGCAUUGCCACCCAGCUCUUCAACUGGCGCGCCAGCUACUUCCUGCUGGCCAUCAUCUACGUGGUGGUCGUUGCCCUCGCCCUCUUCAGCGUACCGGUCGACCCCUCGCCCACGACCGCGCUGUCCGUGCAGGCCGUCAAGAAAUUCGACGUCGUGGGCACAAUCCUCACCAUCGCGGGGAUUGGCAUGUUCUCGGGGGCCUUGAGCCUGGGCUCUGACGCCCCGCAAGGCUGGCAAACGCCCUACGUGCUCGUCCUCCUCAUCCUCGGCGCGGUGCUGAUGGCCAGCUUCAUCCUCUGGGAGAACUGGUACAGCUACCCGCUGGUGCCGAUGAGCAUCUGGCGCGACCGCGAUUUCUCGCUGGUGAUCACCAUCCUCCUGCUCGGCUUCCUGGCCUUCCCCAUCAUGUCCUUCUGGAUCGCACUCUUCAUGCAGAAGAUCAAAGGCUACUCCCCGCUGCUGGUCGCCGUGCACAUGCUCCCCAUGGCGAUCGGGGGCAUUCUCGUGAACCUCAUCGCCGGCCUCGUCAUGCACCGCGUCUCCAACACGCUGCUCCUGGCCAUCGGGGCGACCGCCUACGUCGGCUCGUUCCUGUUGAUGGGCCUGCAGCACUCGACCAGCAGCUACUGGGCGUUUAUGUUUCCGGGGUUGCUGUUGGCGGUCGUGGGGGCGGACUUUGAGUUCUGCGUUGCGAAUAUGUAUGUGAUGAGCGCGCUGCCCCCUGCGCAGCAGAGUAUCGCGGGGGGCAUCUUCCAGACGGUGACCAAAUUGUGUGUGACGAUUGGGAUGGGGAUUAGUACGGCGAUUUAUGAUGCGGUGGUGGCGCGCGGGACGGCCACCGGAGGCUACUUUCGCGGGGAUCCGAUCGAGCCGUAUAGUGCGACCUUCUUGUAUUGUGCGGGGAUUGCCGCACUGGGGAUUCCGCUGUGUGCGUUUCUGAGGAUUGGGAGGCAGGGGAAUACCGGGGUAUUCCAGAGUGGGUUUGUGCCCUCGGCCAGGAAGCUGAAAGAAAAGGGAGGUCCGGGGGUUCUCCCCCGGAAGCGCUUUAUGCCCAGGAGUACCCCCGGGGAAGGCUGUAUCCUAGGGCUUUACGCAGUGGAGGGAGCUGUUGGAGUUGAGGAACCACUGGCCAUUUCAAGCCACUUCUACAUAUACUUCACGGCCACUCAGAGUCCGAUCUCGUCGCAGAAGUGGUAUGGCUAG